GCAUCUCUAGCAGAUCCCGCAAACGCGCCCUGCAUCGCCUCUAUGCGGUUUUUGGCCAAAAAAUGGACCAGGGUAGAUCCCGCAUAGCCGCCAAAACCGCAAAUUUCGAUGCAGGGGCCGCCAUCCGCGUCGCCCAAAACCGCACAAAAGCAGUUUUUGGUGCCCUAUGCAGGCCGGUCUGCAUCGCGUGCGAGGCGUCGGUGCGAAGGGAAAAAACUCGCGCGAAGGAACUUUCAGUCGCCCCCUUCCGCGAGCAGCGCCGCCGCCGCCGCGCGCCGCCGCAGAUCUCGGCACGUCCGACCUCGCCCCAGCGUAGGAGCGCCUAGCCGGCUCGCCGCACGGAAUCGCCGCUCGCGGGUGGCCGUCGGCGACCCAAUCGAGCGAAUCCCGCCCGCGAUUCGAGCGCCGCCGCCCGAGAUUCGAGCGCCGCCGCCCGCGAUUCGAGCGCCGCCGCCGUCGCAAGAUGCCGUUGAGCCCCGCGGCGCUGUUUUUAAUGGAGGAUUCAUCGGACUCCUCCGACUCCGAUAUGGACGAGCUGCUCGACGACGACAUGGAGGACACAGUGGUGCUUGUCGCCGUGAAGGAGCUCGCGGACAGGCAGAAGAAGGUGCGGGGCGGCUCGAAGGUCGGCCGCCUUUGCAUUCCACGCAACCGCAAGCUCGGCAACGACCUGUUGAUGCGCGAUUACUUCGCCGAGGUACCGACAUAUCCUCCUCAUCUUUUUCGCCGCCGGUACCGAAUGCGGCGAUCUCUUUUCAACAAAAUUGUGCGAACUUGCGAGACAAAUACUCGCUAUUUCAAGCGCAAGCGCAAUGCCGCCGGAUUGUUAGGUUUCAGCGCGCAUCAAAAGAUCUCCGCGGUCAUGCGGAUAUUAGCUUACGGCAUCCCGGCCGAUUACGCCGAUGAGUAUCUUCGCAUUGGUGAAGAUACAUCAAUGGAAUCUGUCCGGCGGUUUUGCAAAGUGAUGAUUCGUAUGUAUGGCCCUGUUUAUUUGCGAGCCCCCAAUGAACAAGACACGGUGAGGCUGAUGGCACAAAAUGAGGCUCGAGGUUGGCCGGGAAUGCUAGGCAGCAUAGAUUGUAUGCAUUGGACAUGGAAGAAUUGCCCGAAGGCAUACCAGGGCAUAUAUUGUGGCAAAAGCCAUGAUCCAACAAUUAUUCUUGAGGCUGUUGCCUCUGAGGAUCUAUGGAUUUGGCAUUGCUUUUUUGGUUUGCCGGGUUCUCUCAAUGAUAUCAAUGUGCUGCAUAGGUCUCAUCUUCUUGCCCGGCUAGCUAGUGGUGAUGCCCCGGCUUGCAACUACACCGUCAAUGGCCAUGAUUACACAAUGGGUUAUUACCUUGCCGAUGGCAUAUACCCGGAGUGGUCAACAUUUGUGAAAACAAUCAGAAAUCCUCUUAGUAGAGCUGAAUCUGAAUUUGCAAAAGCACAAGAGGCAGCCCGAAAGGACAUUGAGAGAGCUUUCGGUGUUUUGCAAGCUAGGUUUGCAAUUGUGAGAGGUCCCAGUAGGUUUUGGGACAAAGAGACCCUCAAGGAUAUCAUGACAACUUGUGUAAUUCUUCACAACAUGAUUAUCGAAGAUGAGAGGGAUUUGAACUUGGAGUUCUUCUUUGACAAUGUCGGCACUAGGGUGAAGCCAGCCCGAAAUCCGGAUCAAAUUGAAGCAUUUCUUGAGACAUACCGCAACAUUGAGAAUGCGGGAUCUCACAAGCAACUCCAGGAAGAUCUGAUUCAGCAUCAUUGGAUGAGGCAUGGUGGCCAUUGAUGAACAUUUUUCACAUUUAUUUGAUGUAUGAUUCAAACAUUCAUUUGUAUUUGUAAUAAUUUGUUUAAUUAUUUGGAUUUGAACUCUUGUUGUAAUAUGGAUUAUUGUUGUAUUGUGUGCUGUUCAGAACUAUGAAUUAUUAUGUUUUAUUCUGUUAUAUUAUGCAUUAGAAAUAAACUAGGUUGAAUAGAAAUGUUGAAAUGUGCAAAAACCCUGUUUUGCAGUCUAGUA